AUGCAUACUUUUUCCUACCGCCGACCUCGUAAUCUCGUAUGCUUGGCUUUUGCCGGAUUCACGGUCCUGCUGACAUCUGCUGUCUUAUUCGCCGAGUAUAGCUCGAUAGAAACAAAACAUACGCUUUGUGCAACUAUAUUGCCCGAUACAUCCGUCAGUCGAACAACGUACACGUUCAACGAAACUGCGCCUCGCGCCCGAGCGAUCAAUCCGCGUACACUUAUAUCAACAGUAGCAGCCGGCCAACGCGUCUCUGCUCGAUUUAUCCACCAAAGCUGGAAAACUCACGACUUGAAACCUUCGACUGUUCCCCUCGCCGAUAGUUGGCGUCUUUCUUAUCCUGGCUGGGAAUAUGUACUAUGGGACGAUGCCGAUAACAAGGAGCUUGUGCGAGUCCUUUAUCCCCGGUUGUUAGCCACGUACGAAGCACUGCCUCGCGAGAUCUAUCGGGCUGACUUCGUGCGAAAUCUCUACAUGCAUGCCUUUGGAGGUAUCUACGCCGACCUGGACUCCGAGGCUGUCGCACCAUUGGAACCACUGCUUUCCGCUUCAUCCGAGCGCCUCGCGGAAUCUCCGUCCACCCCUGUAGCCUUUGUGGGGGAGAUGGUCACGGCAGUAACCCUGCCCACGCGGUUCCCAAUGCAUUCUUCGCUGCAACAACCCCUGGCCACCCCUUCUGGACCGUUCCAAUCGACUUUGCCGUUGCCUGGACUUCCAACUGGACGGCUAAAAAAGCGCAAGACGAAAAACCUGUUGAUCCAGCACUGCGAUACUCGCUGUUUGUGUACUCUGAUCCCACCAACUGGCCCAACUCGGACCCUCCCAUAUUGUACGCUUGAACAACUCUGCCCCACUUCCCCCGCUUUCCGAAUUGCCACCCCGGGUUGCUCCCAACGCUACUGCGCCUCCUAUCGCACUACUUCCUCCCGAUAUUAUAUACCCUUAUUCUUGGGAUACCCCUCGCCCUCAACUCGGAAGCGCUGCGACCAAAUGCGUCUGCUGGAUGAACUGGAGGACAUACGAUCGAGAAAAGUGCAAGUCUCGCGUUGGAGCUAG